AGACCGGGGAUGGUUGACUAUAGGGGUAGGUAGACUAACCGCCAAAAACUCGUCAACGAUGUGAGUAUUGCGUCAUCCCGACACAGCCGCGCAUUACUCUCCGCUCACCGCUCAGUCGUCCGGAGCGCCGCGCCGCAGACGCACGCCGUUUUCGAGGAGUGACACGUGAUUUCUUUUCGUAUCAUCACGAUGAGGACCUAUAAAAGAAGGACUGAACGAGCUGAUACACCAAAAGAUGUUGUAGAAAGAGCAUGUCAUCUAAUAAUUUAUGACAAAAAAAGUAUUAAUUCAAUUUCAAAACAAUAUGACAUACCCUAUAAGACGUUACAUCGUUAUGUGGCGAAACUAAAGGAGAAAUUGGAACGUAAUUCGAACUUGACGAGAGCAGAAUUAACCUUGGACUCAGUGGGAUAUAUUAAAAAUAGGCAAGUUUUCACUAAUGUAGAAGAAGAAGCUUUAGCAAGUUAUUUAAAAAAAGCUGCUGAUAUAUAUUAUGGUUUAACACCAUAUGAAACACGAAAAAUGGCAUAUCAGUUUGCCAUAAAAAAUAAUAAAGCUAUGCCUAACUCUUGGAGAACAAAAUUGUUAGCUGGCGAAGAUUGGUUAGGCUCAUUUCUCAAACGUCAUCCUUCUUUAUCCAUAAGGACACCACAAGCAACAAGUCUUUCAAGAGCUACAUCAUUCAACAAACAUAAUGUCAGUAUGUUCUUCGCUAAUUUAACUACUGUUUACCAACGUUUGAAUUUAAGCCCUGGUGAUAUCUGGAACGUCGAUGAAACAGGUAUGACAACCGUACAAGUACCGAAUAGAGUAAUAGCACGACGUGGUGUUAAAAAUCUAGGCAAGAUGACAUCAGGUGAGAGAGGAACGCUGGUGACGGUUGCAGUAGCUGUUUCAGCUGUAGGAAAUAUGGUUCCACCAUUUUUUGUUUUCCCACGCGUCCAUUACAAAUCCCAUUUUGUUAGAGGUGGCCCUAUAGGAUGUGAAGGUGAUGCUAAUCCUUCCGGAUGGAUGAAGGAAGAGAACUUUAUCAAGUAUGCCAAACAUUUCGUGAAAUAUAUCAAACCUAGUAAGGAAAAACCUGUACUUUUGUUGUUGGAUAACCAUGACUCUCACUUAUCCAUUGAAGUGUUGGACUACUUUAAAUCUAAUGGAGUAACCGUUUUAUCAUUCCCUCCGCAUUGUAGCCACAAGCUACAACCUCUUGACAGAUCUGUGUACGGACCAUUGAAAAAGUAUUACAACCGAGCGUGUGACAACUGGCUGGCUAGUAACCCGGGAAAAACUAUAACAAUUUAUGAAAUACCGGAGCUACUUAAAACGUCACUACCGUUGGCUGCUACAAUUGAAAAUAUUCAAUCAGGAUUCAGAGUAUCCGGGAUUUCACCAUUGAAUGAAAACAUCUUUCCUGACUCCGAGUUUAGUGGUUCUUAUGUGACAGAUAGGCCGAUGCUCACUUCCCGUGAUGGUGAUAAUCCUGCAGCAUCUGAUGUGAGCACAGAUGCUGUUCCAUCUACUUCUGCUACAUCUAACAGGUUGUCUAUUGUCGAAGAGGUUCCAAUUCCUGAUCACCAUACAAUAACUGAAUCUCACUCUCUGGCAUCAAAUACAGAUCAGAUUACUACCACAAUACCCUCUUCUACAAGAUCUUUGAGUACAGAAUGUGAGUCACCUUCUCUUUUUGACGAAACAUUCAAUUCUUUAUUUGAACCGGAAUUGAGAGAAAACGUCAAAACGCCAGAAAACGUUUAUUCUACAGAAGCAAAUGCGCCCCCAUCUUUACACAAUCUAAACCCGGCCUCAACUUCAUCAGCAACAUUUGAAGAGCUAAGACCCUUUCCAAAAGCGGCGCCACUUUUAGAAAAUAGAAGAAAUAUUCGCAAACGUAAAAGUACCAUAUAUACUGACACCCCGGAAAAACAAAAUCUUGUAGAUAUGAAAAACAAAAGAGAAACCUAUAAGAAGAAAAAAACAGAUACAAAGACCAGAGUAGAAAAAGGAAAGGGCAAAGGAAAGGGUAAAGGAAAAGGAAAGGGUAAAGGAAAAGGAACAGAUAAAGUUAAUGAGAUUGCUGAUGACACCGUCGAUGAAAAUUACGAUAAUGCUGUUGAUUCAGAUGAUGAGGGUACUAUUUGUAUAGAGUGCACUGAAUCCUACGUCGAUAGUGUUCCAGGUGAACAAUGGAUUCAGUGCAUAAAUUGUAAGUUGUGGGCUCAUUCCAAAUGUGUAAGAGGUAAUCUAAUGUUUUAUGAAUGCAAACAUUGCACUUCUGAUAUUGAAGAUUGAUAACUUGCCCUUUUUUUAAAGAAUACAAAGAUUAAUAUGAGACUGAUUAAGAGUUCAGUUCAAACAAAAUGAUUAUUACUUUUGAUGAUAAAACAAUUAUAAAGAUGAUUAAGUUUAGAUACUAAUAAUAGAUAUUUAGUAAUUACUAUAAUGCAAACUUUGCACUUCUGAUAUUGAAGACUGAUAACUUAUCUGUUUUUUUUAAGAAUAUAAAGAUUAAUAUGAGACUGAUUAAGGGUUCAGUUCAAACAAAAUGAUUAUUACUUUUGAUGAUAAAACAAAUAUAUAGAUGAUUAAGUUUAGAUACUAAAAUUAGGUAUUUAGUAAUUACUAUAAUUUCAACAGAGCAAUAAAAAUGUGUAUUUAAUUUCUAGCGUAAGAAAAGUUGAUUUAAAAUUGUUUAAUUAAUAAAACUAAUAAAUGUUUAAAUAAAAACUAAGAGGUGAUAGUUUUGUUAAAGACUUAUUGUAGUCUGUACCUGUACCUGAUUAAAAAUGUUUUUGAAUAAAAAGUUUUGUUAAAUUAUA